UUGAAUCCGUAGAAAUGUAUUUUAAAAUAUUUUAUAUUUAUCAGUACAUUUUUGUUAACACAAUUUCUAAUAAAUAUUGAUACAUGUAUAAUGUAUAACAUAAUAAUAAUAAUAACAUGAUUUUUGAUUCCAUUUUAUUAUUUGCAUGGUGAAAUUUUAACAUGAUUUUAUUUGCAUAAUAAAUAUUAAUUAUUAUUAUUAUUACUAAUUAGAUCAUAUGCAGGUAUUAACUUCUAGAAUAAUUAAAUGUUAUUAUUAUUAAGUAUAUUAUAAAUGGUUAUAUGCAACUAUAAUUAUAUAUUAAUGGAAUAAAUAUAUUUUCGAAAUUAUCCUUAUCUAAUAACAUUUUGAUGAAAUAAAAAGAGAAUUAAAUAUCUUGUUAGGAUAUUGUUAUGAAAAUACAAAAAAUAAAUAAUGUAAGCAACUUUCUAGGAAUGGUCCAUUUAAAAUAUCACACAUUAAAAAAGUCAUGACUUCUCUUUUAAUAGUAUAGAUAUUUAGGGAUUAAAGUUAGGUUUAUAACUUCUAUAAAUAUUUUAUAAAUUAUUAAUAAAUCUAUAAAUAAUUUAUGAGAGUUAAUUUAUUUUUAUGACAAAUAUAAGGUAUUUAUAGAAAUUGUUAAAUAUUUAAUAAUAAAUUGAAGUUCCCCAGUAAUUUAAUUUCCAUCACCUAAAACAAGUUCCUAUCUUUUUGUUCCUCUAGCUUUCGUUUGUUAAGAUUGGUAUAUGAUUAACUUGUUUUUAAAAUGGUCUAGAGCAUAACAAAGAAAACUUGGAUAAUUAUUUUAUUUGGGCUUAAGAAUUGUGAUGAAUUUGGGUUUACCGAAGUUAAAAGCCCAAAUACAGUUCAGGAACAUGAAGUUAAUGACAAAAAAAAAACAGGGUAGGUCUUAUGCUUCCUCUCCAAGUUUUUGCUUAUAAGUUCCGACCACUCUGCCACGCUUGUCUGAGACAAGAUUUCCACAAGACGAGAGAUUUUCUGUCUGUCGAUCAUACUUUUCAAGGUUGGAUACAGUACCUAGGCUUAAUUUUUGUAUGUGUUUUUGGUUUUAGAGUUUCAAUGCGCGCAAACUGUUAGUUCCUCUCAAGUUCUGUAUUUUUUUAACUGCUGAGUUUUGGUUUUUUCUCUAAAUAGAAAGUUUUAUGUUUAUCAAAUUGAGGGGUUUUGUUUCAGUGCAGAGACUGAUUGAUGUAUGAAUGGCACUAAGGCACUUAGGCAAGAAGGUACCUUUUCGCAUUGCUUCUCAUUUUUUUCCCAAGGAAUUUGAGCAAAACGAUUAUAGCUUUAGUUUACAUUUCAUACAUUUGAUUAACGUUUGCAUAGUUUUAUUGGUCAGGCUAUCAAAAUAUUUUUACUUUCUCCAUGCGAAUGGUUGUAAUUAUGUUUGAUGUUCGAUUCUUGGUUCUCAGCUUGCAUGUCAUAGUGAAGCAUAUCUGCAUUUGCUUGAAUGUGAUUAUACCUACGAGUAUGUGUGAAGCGUCUUUUAAUCAGCUCAUUGUCUAAGCUACUCCUAUUUCAAAUUGGUGAUUAAAGACUAAGUGAUAUAUGUUAUGAAGCAUUUGUUUCAUUUGGCAUAUAUAAAGUCUCCAUUUAUGUUUAUGGAUGUCUCGACUGAUUUAACGUGUUUACAGGGCAUUCAAGCCUCUUUUAAAAGAGGUUUGGUUCUUCUACGAGUAGCAGCAUCUACAGAGAGUCAGAUUUCCUCUACGUUUUUGAAUAGCAAUUCCGAAAGUGUCGCUUUUUCAUUCGCACGGUACAUUAAUGGUUUCGGGUUUAGCUCUCUAUCAAAUGGUGAAUCUUCCCCAAACUUAAGAUCCAUAAGGUACUUUCAUGCAAGCCGAGAAACAUUGGCGAGAAGAAAAGAUGAUCCAGACCGUCCCCUGAGCCAUCGUGAACGCAAGAAACAGGCUGUGAAAACGAAAGCCAAGUUCUCAAAACGGGAUAAGAAAACUGAUAAGCCACCCGCUGAAGCUCCUUAUGUGCCUCCUCCUAGGCUGGAAAAACCGGAAAAGAGAAUGGCUGAGAAAACAGUUGAGGUAUUCGAUGGCAUGACAUUACUUGAGUUCUCCAAGCGUACUGGUGAGUCAUUGGCGGUUCUGCAGAGCAUCCUCGUCGAUGUUGGAGAAACCGUUAGUUCGGAGUUUGAUGCAAUCAGUAUCGAUGUCGCCGAGCUCCUUGCAAUGGAAAUAGGAAACAAGGUAAAGAGGGAACAUACUACAGAAGGAACACAGAUCCUUCCACGGCCUCCGGUUGUAACGGUAAUGGGGCAUGUCGACCAUGGGAAAACCUCUCUGUUGGACGCUUUAAGAAACACCUCCGUGGCGGCGAAAGAAGCCGGUGGGAUCACUCAGCAUGUUGGUGCGUUCGUUGUGGGAAUGCCUGAGUCAGGCACUUCAAUCACCUUCCUAGACACGCCAGGUCACGCCGCUUUCAGCGAGAUGCGUGCUCGGGGAGCCGCUGUGACUGAUAUAGUCGUCUUGGUUGUUGCUGCUGAUGAUGGUAUGAUGCCGCAGACUCUGGAGGCUAUUGCGCACGCUAGAUCGGCGAAUGUUCCCAUUGUGGUUGCGAUUAAUAAAUGCGAUAAACCUGGAGCUAACCCGGAGCGAGUCAAGAAGCAGCUCGCGGCUGAGGGGAUUGAGAUUGAGGAUAUUGGAGGAAACGUUCAGGUCGUUGAGGUGUCUGCGGUCAAGAGUACAGGGCUAGACAAGUUAGAAGAAGCUCUGCUUCUUCAAGCAGUGGAUAUGGACCUUAUGGCACGUGUGGACGGACCAGCUCAAGCGUAUGUGGUGGAGGCUCGGCUAGAUAAAGGCCGUGGACCGUUAGCCACUGUUAUUGUGAAAGCCGGGACGUUGGAGAGUGGUCAACACGUGGUGAUUGGGUGUCAGUGGGGGAAACUCAGAGCAAUCAGGGACAUGGUCGGUAAGCCAACGGAGAGAGCAACACCAGCUAUGCCUGUAGAGAUUGAAGGGCUUAAGGGUGUUCCGAUGGCUGGUGACGAUGUCAUUGUGGUGGAGUCAGAGAAACGAGCGAAGAUGCUUAGUGAAGGGAGGACGAGGAAGUAUGAAAGAGAUCGGUUGUUGAAAGCGGAGGAAGAUAGAAUAGCUGAAUUAGAGAAGAGAGAAGCAGAGUCUGAAGAAGGGUUUGGUCGAGUUGAGUUGCCGAUAAUAGUGAAGUCUGACGUGCAAGGAACCGCACAGGCUGUUUCUGACGCGCUAAGAACCUUAAAUAGUCCACAGGUUUUUGUGAACAUUGUUCAAAGUGGAGUAGGAGCAAUUUUUCAGUCUGAUUUAGCCAGGGCACAAACUUGCAAUGCGUGUAUCGUUGCCUUUAACGUUAAGUGUUGUAAGAUUUCCUCAGCUUAUGCCCGCGUCAAGGUAUUCCAUCACCGUGUGAUAUACCAUUUGCUCCAAGACAUCGGGAACUUGAUCGUGGAGAAAGCACCGGGAGUAUCUGAGCUGGAGGUGGCUGGUGAAGCUGAAGUACUGAGCAUUUUCAAGGUGUUGGGAAAGAGAAGAGAAGAGGAUGGAGUGAGCAUCGCGGGUUGCAAAGUGAUGGAUGGUCGGGUCUUUAGAAGUGGGCUGAUGAGGCUGUUAAGGAGUGGAGAAGUGUUGUUUGAAGGGUCGUGUGCGUCGCUGAAACGGGAGAAACAAGACGUGGAACAGGUGGGGAAAGGGAACGAGUGUGGGCUUGUGAUGGGAGAUUGGAAUGAUUUUAGAGUCGGAGAUGUGAUUCAGUGCAUGGAGCGAGUCAUUAGGAAGCCUAAGUUCGUUUCCUCUGAGAGUGGAGCUGUGAGAAUAGAGUGCUGAUGAAUCUUUAAACAGUAAUCAAUUCAAUCUUAUCUAUUGUUAGGGAUAGUACGCUGAUGAUAAAUUUUUGGUGUUACAGAAACUGUCAUAUUACACAAAUCAAAACCGACAAAACGAUCACUCGAGUUAACUUGAAAACUAUAGUUAAUUUUCUCAAACUAUUUAAAUUUAGUCAUUUAUUUUUCUGUUUUAUCUUUCUUUUGUACUAGUAUAAUUUAAAAUUUUAGAAUUUUAAAUUUUGAUUAUAUAUAUUUAGUUUUUUUUU